AUGAGUGACGAGGAGAUCACUUAUGCAACUUUGAGAUUCCAUAAGUCUUCUUCAGGGCUGCAGGAUGGAGGGAGGCCUGAUGAGACUCAAGUGCCCAGUGAAGCUAGCCACAGAGAGUGCUCAGUCCCCUGGUACCUCAUUGCAAUACCUCUGGGAAUCCUUUGUUCCAUUCUGCUGGUGACUGUUGCAGUGCUGGUGAAACACAUUUUUCAGUAUAGUCAAGAAAAACAUGAAUUGCAGAAAACUCUAAAUGAUCUCCAUCAAGAGUACAGCACCAUGCAAAAUGACAGCUACUUAAGGGAAGAAAUGUUGAGAAAUAAGUCUAUAGAGUUUGAGGCCCUCAGAGAACACCUGGACUCCCUCAACAGAAAACAGAACAGAUGCCGUGGGGAAACUAAAGUUGUUUUGGAUUGCAAACAGCGCACAGGCAAACAUGUUGAAGCACGGUGGUUCUGCUGUGGCAUAAAAUGUUAUUAUUUCAUCAUGGAUGGUAAACAGUGGACUGGAUGUAAACAGACCUGCCAGAACUGCAGCUUAUCCCUUUUGAAGAUAGAGGAUGAUGACGAACUGAAGUUCCUUCAGCUCCAAAUUAAUCCAAGCAGUUACUGGACUGGAUUAUCAUAUGAGACAAAAAAAAGAAAAUGGCAAUGGAUUGAUGAUAGCCCACUUAAACUUGACUUGAACAUAACGAAUUUCAAUCCAAACACUAGAAGAUGUGUAUUUUUAUCUAAAACAAGACUAGAUGAUGUUGAAUGUGAUCAACCCUACCACUGUAUCUGCGAGAGGAGACAAUAA